AUGGCUCCCGCAGACGAAUAUGUUAGCGGCGGCGGGAAGCUCAAGAUAAAAGGUGCUCCCGUACUGGAUGGCCGGAUUGGUAAAAAGGGAAAGAAGAAACGAAAGAAGGAAAAUGCGAAAGACGCUGAGGAGGUAGAUGGGAGCGGGAGUAUUGAGAAGGAUGAUGCUAUGCUAGGUGCGAAAAGGGUCGAGGGCGACGAGCGGAGUAGAAGUCAGAGUCGGGGCGUGAGCGAGGGGCCAGAGAGGGUCGUUGUGGGAAAGACGGAGGCGGAGAGGAAGUACGAGGAGGCGCGGAGGAAGAGGCUCGACGAACGUCUCAAGCGUGAAGGGUUUAAGACGCACAAGGAGCGCGUGGAGGAGCUGAAUAAGUACCUUAGCAAUCUGAGCGAGCAUCACGACAUGUACGUUUGUCAUUCUCCCUAA